AUGAAUAAUAAUUAUUUAAAAUUAUUUAUUUGUUUAUAUUUAUCAUUUUUUUUAACAAUUAUUGUAAAUGGUCAACAAUGUUGGAAUAAAGAUAAUUUAAGUUGGAGAAGUGGUGGUGAUCGUAAAUUAACAUUGAAUGGUGUAGAAAUUACAAUUCAAGGUAUUGCAUGGUUUGGUAUGGAAACUGGUACAUUUUCACCAGGUGGUUUACAAAGUCAAAGUGUUGAAUCAAUUUUAGAUAUUUUAGUUGCAACUGGUUUCAAUGCAUUACGUUUACCAUUUUCAGUUGAUAUGCUUAUUAAUAAACGUUAUCCAAAUCAUAUUAAUUAUAGUUUAAAUCCAAAUUUACAAGGUAAGACAGCACUUGAAGUAUUACAAUAUAUAACUUCUGAAUCUGGUAAACGUGGUAUUUUGAUUGUACUUGAACAACAUAGAUUUGAUCCAGCUGAUUAUAUUUCACCACUUUGGUAUACAACUGAAUGUUUUAAAAAUGUUGAUGGUGUAUGUAUAAAUUAUACUGAACAAAUGGUAAUUGAUUCUUGGAUUAAUUUAACAAAUUUAUUUAAACAAUAUUGGAAUUUAUGGGCAUUAGAUAUUAAAAAUGAACCACAUGACCCAGUUACAUGGGGUACUGGUAAUCCUUCAACAGAUUGGGAUAAAGCAUUUGUUAGAAUUGUAAAUCAAAUUGAUUCAUCAACAAAUUUCAAUGGUGUUUAUUUUAUUGAAGGUGUUCAAAAUAAUCAAGGAAUUUGUUCAAAUAUGUAUAAUAAUUGGUGGGGUGGUAAUAUGUCACCAGUAAGAUGUUUCCCAAUUUAUUUGAAUCAACCAAAUCGUGUUGUCUACGCUCCACAUACCUAUUGUUCAAGUGUUUUCGAUCAAGAAUUUUUCAAUGCUCCAGAUUAUCCAAAUAAUAUGCCAACCGUUUGGGACGCUGAAUUUGGUUUCUUGGCUGAUAAUGUUCCAACCAAUCAAUAUGCAGUUUUAUUAGGUGAAUGGGGUUGUAAAGUAAACACCACUAAAAAUUCAUUAUUUAUGGAUAGAUUCACUCAAUAUUUAAAUGAUAAAAAUAUGAAAUCACAUCUUUUCUUCUCUUUAAAUCCAGAUUCUGCUGAUACUGAUUCAAUUUUAUAUGAAGAUUGGAAAACUGUUAAUCAAAAAACAAUGAAUUAUUUAAGAAAAAUUAAUUCUUCACCUUCAAAAUUCACUCCAAAUGGUAAUCAAAUUUGUCUUGGUCAAGUUUCAACAAUUUCAACAAUUGGUAGUUCAACUACAACUGCUUCACAAUCAACAACAACAACAACAACUGGAACAGGUUCAACAACUAGUAAACCAACAACCACUGGUGGAUCAGGUUCAUCAACAACUACAACUAAACCAUCAACAACAACAACAACAACAACAACAACCACUGGUGGAUCAAGUACAACUGGAUCAUCAAAUGUUAAAGCAGUUAUUAAACAAACUAUUAGACAAACUUGGUUUGAUGGUACAAAUACAAAUACUUUGGUUGAUUGUACAUUAACCAAUCCAUCAAGUAGUCCAAUUCCUAUUCCAAGAUUUGCAAUUGAUAAAACUCCAUCAUCAUCUUGGGAAUUGAAUUUAGUUAGUUCAAAUAUUGUUUCAUUUACAAGUUGGAAUAACCAAAUUAGUCCUGGUCAAACUUUAUCAUUUGGUUAUAUUGUUUCUAGUAGUACUGUAAUUACAUUUACUCAAAUUUAA